CUGGACUUAAUUUUUGAGAGAGGCCCCGUAACCCAUGGUACUGACUGAGCAGGGUUGGCAGGUUCAGGCUGGUGUCUGCAACUCAGCCAUAUGGAUGGGUUUUCCCUAGCAAAGCAGUUGUUCAUUUGCCUGUUUCCCAAAGUAACGUGGGCCAUGAAUCCAGGCCGUUUCCUCUGGACUCUGCUCUUCAUGCAAUCCUUGUGGUCCCAACUGACUGAUGGGGCCACUCGAGUCUAUUACAUGGGCAUUAAGGAAGUGCAAUGGAACUAUGCUCCCAAGGGAAGGAAUGCCAUCAUGAACCAACCACUGGACAGUGACAUAGUGGCUUCCAGCUUCCUAAAGUCUGACAAGAACCGGAUAGGGAGCAGCUAUCAGAAGACCAUCUAUAAGGAAUAUAAGGACAACUCAUACACGGAUGAGGUGGCCCAGGCAGCCUGGUUGGGCUUUCUGGGGCCAGUGCUGCAAGCUGAGGUGAGGGAUAUCAUGCUUAUCCAUCUGAAGAAUUUUGCCAUUUGUCCCUACACCAUCCAUCCCCAUGGCAUUUUCUAUGAGAAGGACUCAGAAGGCUCUCUAUACCCAGAUGGUUCCACUGGAUGGCUAAAAGCUGAUGACUAUGUUCCCCCCGGGGGCAGUCACAUCUACAGUUGGAACAUUCCAGAAGGUCAUGCACCCACAGAUGCUGACCAGGCAUGCCUCACCUGGAUCUACCAUUCUCAUGUGGACGCUCCACGAGACAUUGCAACUGGCCUCAUUGGACCCCUCAUCACCUGUAAAAGAGGAACCCUGGAGGGGAACUCCCCUCCUUGGCAGCAGGAUGUGGAACAUGGUUUCUUUCUGCUCUUCAGUGUGGUAGAUGAGAACCUGAGCUGGCACCUCGAUGAGAACAUUGCCACUUACUGUUCAGACCCUGCCUCAGUGAACAAAGAAGAUAAGGCCUUUCAGGAGAGCAACAGGAUGCAUGCAAUCAAUGGCUUUGUUUUUGGGAACUUACCAGAGCUGAACAUGUGUGCGCAGGAGCGUGUGGCCUGGCACUUAUUUGGCAUGGGCAAUGAAGUGGAUGUCCACACAGCUUUCUUCCAUGGACAGAUGCUGACCAUCUGAGGCCACCGCACUGAUGUGGCUCAUAUCUUUCCAGCCACCUUUGUGACUGCUGAGAUGGUACCUCAGGAGCCUGGCACCUGGUUAAUAACUUGUCAAGUGAACAGUCACUUGCAAGAUGGCAUGCAGGCACUCUACAAGGUCAAGUCUUGCUCCAUGGCUCCUCCUGUGGACCUGCUCACAGGAAAAGUCCGGCAGUACUUCAUUGAGGCCCAUGAAAUUCAAUGGGACUAUGGCCCAAUGGGGCAUGAUGGGAGUACUGGGAAGAGUUUGAGGGAACCUGACAGUGGCUCUGAGAAGUUCUUUCAGAAGAGCUCUAGCCAAAUUGGAGGCACUUACUGGAAAGUCCGAUAUGAAGCCUUCCAAGAUCAGACAUUCCAGGAGAAGGUGCAGCUGGAGGAAGAUAAGCAUCUGGGAAUCCUGGGGCCAGUGAUUCAGGCCGAGGUGGAUGACACCAUCCAGGUGGUCUUCUACAACCGUGCUUCCCAGCCAUUCAGCAUGCAGCCCCAUGGGGUCUUUUAUACAAAAGAUUAUGAGGGCACUUUGUACAGUGAUGGCUCAUCCCACCCUGGCUUGAUUGCCAAACCCUUUGAAAAAGUAACAUAUCGCUGGACAGUCCCUCCCCACUCUGGCCCGACUGCUCAGGAUCCUGCCUGUCUCACCUGGAUGUACUUCUCUGCUGCUGAUCCUGUCAAAGACACAAAUUCUGGCCUGGUAGGCCCCCUUCUAGUGUGCAAGGCUGGUGCUUUGGGUGCAGAUGGCAAGCAGAAAGGUGUUGAUAAAGAGUUGUUUCUCCUCUUUACUGUCUUGGAUGAGAACAAGAGCUGGUACAGCAAUGCCAAUCAAGCUGCUGCUAUGUUGGAUUCCCGACUGAUCUCAGAGGAUGCCAAGGACUUCCAAGACUCCAAUCGGAUGCAUGCCAUUAAUGGAUUUCUGUUCUCUAACCUGCCCAGGCUGGACAUGUGCAAGGGUGAUGUAGUGGACUGGCACCUGCUUGGCCUGGGCACUGAGACCGAUGUGCAUGGGGUCAUGUUCCAGGGCAACACUGUGCAGCUUCAGGGCAUGAGAAAGGGCGCUGCCAUGCUCUUUCCUCAUACCUUUGCCAUGGCCAUCAUGCAACCUGACAAUCCUGGGACAUUUGAGAUUUACUGCCAAGCAGGCAGGCAUCGUGAAGCAGGGAUGAGGGCAAUCUACAAUGUCUCCCAGUGUCCUGGCCACCAAGCUACCCCUCGUCAACACUACCAGGCUGCAAGAGUCUAUUACAUCAUGGCAGAAGAGGUGGAGUGGGACUAUUGCCCUGACAGGAGCUGGGAGCUGGAAUGGCACAACCAGUCUGAGGAGAAGAGUUAUGGACAUAUAUUCCUGAGCAAUGAGGAUGGGCUCCUAGGUUCCAGAUACAAGAAAGCUGUAUUCAGAGAAUACACUGAUGGUACAUUCAGGAUCCCUCAGCCAAGGACUGGACCAGAGGAGCACUUGGGAAUCUUGGGUCCACUACUCAGAGGGGAGGUUGGUGAUAUCCUGACUGUGGUGUUCAAGAAUAAUGCCAGCCGUCCUUACUCUGUGCAUGCUCAUGGAAUGCUAGAAUCUGACACUACCAGGCCACUGGCUGCUGAACCUGGUGAGGUGAUUGCUUACCAAUGGAACAUCCCAGAGAGAUCUGGCCCUGGGCCCAAUGAUUCUGCUUGUGUCUCCUGGAUCUAUUAUUCUGCAGUGGAUCCCAUCAAGGACAUGUAUAGUGGCCUCGUUGGGCCCUUAGUCAUCUGCCGAAGGGGCAUUCUGGGGCCUCAUGGAGGACGGAAUGACAUGGACCGGGAAUUCUCCUUGUUGUUUUUGAUCUUUGAUGAGAAUCAGUCAUGGUAUCUGGAAGAGAAUGUGGCAACCCAUGGACCUCAGGAGCCGGGCCGUGUCAACCUACAGGAUGAGACUUUCUUGGAGAGCAAUAAAAUGCAUGCCAUCAAUGGGAAGCUCUAUGCCAACCUUAAUGGUCUUACCAUGUAUGAAGGAGAACGAGUGGCCUGGUACAUGCUGGCCAUGGGCCAGGAUAUUGACAUACACACUAUACACUUCCAUGCAGAGAGCUUCCUUUAUCGGAAUGGAGAGAGCUACCGAGCAGAUGUGGUGGAUUUGUUCCCAGGGACUUUUGAGGUUUUGGAGAUGGUGGUCAGCAAUGCUGGAACAUGGCUUAUGCACUGCCAUGUGACUGACCAUGUCCAUGCUGGUAUGGAGACCCUCUUCAUUGUCUUGCCCCAAACAGAACCCUUAAAUACUAUAACCACCAUCACCAAAGAGAUUGGAAAAGCAAUGCCCAGAGAUAUUGGAGAAAGCAGUGUGAGAAUUCUGGGCAUGCAGGUCCCCAUGAAGGAUGUUGAGAUGCUGGCCUCUGUGUUGAUUGCCAUGGGUGUCAUCCUCCUGCUUGUUGCUCUGGCUCUUGGUGUUGUGGUCUGGUACCAGCAUCGGCAGAGAAAGUUACGACGCAACAGGAGGUCCAUCCUGGAUGACAGCUUCAAGCUUCUGUCCCUCAAGCAGUAACAUCUGUGGCUUAAGGAUAUCCUCAAGAAGCACUUCUGGAAUGCACUCCCAGCAGGUCAUGGACUAGCAGCUGACUCCAUUGUCAAAAGGGAUAUUGGCUGUGGAGAGGCAGGGGAGAGAUUCAAACUUACCUGGGGAUUGCUUCAUUUAUUUAUUCACAUGGAAAUGGUUUGCUUUCACUUUUUCUUUUAGCUUCAUUGCUCCACUUGGGCACCUGGGGCUAGGUGAGUCCCUUCAUAUCUUCUAUCACUAAUUUCAACAGCUGGAUUAUGAGAGUAACUUAUCACCCACAGAUGCUCGGGUAGUCUGAAAAUUCCUAGAAUGUGAUCCAUUUCACAGAGGAGGUACCAAGAGAAGAAACUCAUUGAUUAGGUUUCUGCCACCUUCUCAGGUCCUGGUCAACUUCAUUUUGAACUGAGGCUAAGUGAGCUGUGAAGAGAAGUCACAUCUAAACUAAGUGCUAAGAACAUAGGGACAAUGGGGAAUAGGGGGUAGAAAUUGAAGAUCCAAAUUGUAAUUUGAUUCUCUUUUACAGUGGACUAUUUUGGAGAAGUGAGUGGAUGGGUUUUUGCUUCCAGAAGCCCUCAGGAAGCCAAUUGUCCUCCAAGUUCCUGGCUCAGUGGCACUGAAUGGAAUGUUGAGUGACCUCUCCAUGCUUUAAGCUGAAAAUCCAGUCCA